AUGGCUGACGAGGGCGGGCAGCCUCCGCCGAAAGGGCCCUGCUGCCGCGCCGGCCUCCCCGCGCGCUAUUUCUGCACGGCGGGCCGCGGGAUGGAGCCUUUCCUGCUGAGGGAGGUGCGGACUCGGCUGGACGCCGCGCAGGUGAGGCCCUCCGGCCGGGCUGCGAGGAAAGUCCGGCGAACCCCUUCGGACCGACAGCCUCGCUCCGCCUCCUUGCCGGCGGAGAGGAGGAUGGGUGGCUAAACACGCUCCCUUUGUGACUUCGGAAAGGCGGUGCAGACGAGCGAGCUGUCCCGGGGUUAGGUUGCUUCGUCUGCACGGCCAGGGCCGGAUUGACGUAUAAGCUAAACACUCUCUUGGCCCCACUCUCUUGCCCCCCCCCAAAAUGUAAAGGUAAAAAAACUAGAUGUGCAUUUCCAAAAUAUAAGAUAAAAAGCAAAUAAAAUAAAAGCUACAUACAGUGGUACCUCGGGUUAAGUUCUGGAGGUCCGUUCUUAACCUGAAACUGUUCUUAACCUGAAGCACCACUUUAGCUAAUGGGGCCUCCUGCUGCCGCCGCGCCGCCAGAGCACGAUUUCUGUUCUCAUCCUGAAGCAAAGUUCUUAAUCUGAAGCACUAUUUCUGGGUUAGUGGAGUCUGUAACCUGAAGCAUAUGUAACCUGAAGCGUAUGUAACCCGAGGUACCACUGUAAUUUUAAGUUAGAGCUUAAUAAUUAUUUCACUACAGUCAUACCUCGGGUUACAGGCACUUCAGGUUGCGUUUUUUCGGGUUACGCACCUGCCGAAACCUGGGAGUACCAGAAUGGGUUACUUCCGGGUUUCGGCGGUCACACAUGCGCAGAAGCGCUAAAUUGUGCUUUGCGCUUGUGCAGAAACGCUGAAUCGCAACCCGCACGUGUGCAGAUGCGCUGCUGCGGGUUGCGAAUGCUGUGGGUUGCAAAUGUGCAUCCCGCACGGAUCACGUUCGCAACCCGAGCGUCCACUGUAUUAAUAUACUUAUUCUUAAUUGUAUUUCACUAUUAAUAUACUUCUUCUUAAUUGUAUUUCAGUUCAACAAUUACUUUGAUAAAAUACAUAUUUUGUUAUGUGCAAAUGGCUUUAUAUACCGAUUAGGUCCAUAAAUUAUCAUAUAGCAUAUAUUGAACACAAAAAACAGCAACAAUUUGUUGUUGACAAAGGACAGCUGGACAUAUAAAGGGCCCCAUUACCUUCAAUAGCUUAGGGCCUCAUCAAUUCCGGCCAUGUUCAUGGCCUCUCCCUUCUGGAGCUCCUCUCCCUGUUUGCUCAAAAGGAGAGCUCCCCACACCCUCAGUGGUCAAUGGGGGAGUUGCCCACAAAACUGGGUUGAGGACGCAUUGAAAGCACAUCUAGUUCUCCGCGCACCCCAAACCACAGAAGAAUCCUGGGAACUGUAGUUUAAGGGUGCUGAGGAUUCUAGCUCUGUGAGGGGCAACUGUGGUUCCUGCUGUGAUCCUUUGGGAACAGUCGUGUGCAUUCUGGGUAUGCGUUAAGUUUAAUUAGUAUUAUUAAUAUUAUUAAUUUAUAUACCGCCCUAUACCUGCAGAUCUCAGGGCGGUUCACAGAAUAAAAUCAAGAUAUAAAACCACAAAAUACAUAAUAAAAAUAAAAACAACCCAAUAGCCCCCGCCCCCACAAAAAAAACACAUUUUAAAAGGGCAUAGGACAUGGGUAGGCAAACUAAGGUCCGGGGGCCUGAUCCAGCCCAGUCGCCUUCUCAAUCCGGCCCGCAGACAGUCUGGGAAUCAGCAUGUUUUGACAUGAGUAGAAUGUGUCCUUUUAUUUAUUUAAAAUGCAUCUCUGGGUUAUUUGUGGGGCUUAGGAAUGCGUUCUUUUCCCCCAAAAAUAUAGUCCAGCCCCCCACAAGGUCCGAGGGAGGGUGGACCAGCCCCCUGCUGAAAAAGUUUGCUGACUCCUGGCAUAGUAUGUCAAUCAGAUCAACCAAAGGCCUGGUUAAAAAGGAACGCUUUUGCCAGGCGCCUAAAGGUGUACAGUGGUACCUCAGGUAACAUACGCUUCAGGUUACAGACUCCGCUAACCCAGAAAUAGUACCUCAGGUUAAGAACUUUGCUUCAGGAGGAGAACAGAAAUCGUGCUCCGGAGGCACAGUGGCAGCAGGAGGCCCCAUUAGCUAAAGUGGUUCUUCAAGUUAAGUACAGUUUCAGGUUAAGAACGGACCUCCGGAACGAAUUAAGUACUUAACCCGAGGUACCACUGUAUAAUGAAAGCUCCAGGCAAACUUCCCUGGGAAAGUGUAAGGUGCCAGUCCACCCAAUGUCUGCAUCCCGGUCAUAACUGGGACUAUGACUUCAUCCUAGCAGUGUAACAAUAAAACGGCUGGCACAUUUGCAAGGCUAAGCAAAGGUCCACUGUGGUUUCAAAUCCCAUUUUCAAAUCCCAUGUGGCUUCAGCCCAUUUUAUUAGUGUUGUGAGCUGCUUUGAGGACUAAAGUAGAAGAGCAGGGUAUAAAUCAACUGGCUAAAUCAUAAUAAACAAAUCAUUUAUGGGCAAUUCCAUUUUCAGAUUUACUAUAUAAUCAGUGUACAUUCUCUGUCAAGGUGGAAUAUGUAUCGGGAAAAGUCUUCUUCACCACCAGGGCAGAGCUGAGUAUGCUGAAGGAGCUGAAGUCUGCAGAGCGGUUGUUUUUGCUGCUGAAUAAAUAUCCUCCACUUUCCAUCUCUAGAAAUAAAGGUAAUUUUUUUUUUUUUUUUUACUGUAGUCUUGUGGGUUUGCCUCGUGCAGGCCUAUCUCCUGUAACCUUCCACAGUGAGAAAGACUACCCUAUAACCUUCCUGCCUCUUUGUUAAAAGGAGUCAGUGCUGAGUAGCUUUGGGGUUCAAUGUGGUAAGCGGUCGUUCAGAUUCCUGCUCAGCUAUUUAUUUUUCAUAGCUUGCAUCUUGCCCUUUAUCUGUAGACCUCGGGGCAGGUUAUAACUGAGAAAGUAAACACAACAAGCAAUACUAAAAACUGCUAAAUCUGUCCGUUCAGUGAAUUUUGUGGACCAGGACUGUUUUUCCUCGAAGGCCUGUCCAAAAAAAAAUGCACGUUUUUGGUUAUUCUGCUCUUCCAUGCUCUGCUUUUCCCUUUUCUUUAAACACACUUUUUACCACUGAAUUGGACCAAAUGGCAAACCUAAUUGCCGUUUGGUCCAAUUCAGUGGUAACCACCUUGUGUCUUCCUGGGAGAAAGUGGUGGGACAAACCCAGAGUGUACAUUUGUUGGGCAGAUACAGCUUGCCUUUCAGGUGCUCAUCCAGCUUCAGCUGCUAUUCAUCCCAAGUGAACAGCACGUUACAAGGCAAGUUCCAGGUUACUGGUGGUGCCAUCACAGCCAUCAGCAGCACAGACCCAUAUUCUGGCUCCUGAGGGUUCUCCUAAGCAGUUCAUUGAGGUCAGACAGGUCCUUGGCUAGCUGCUGGAUCUUGGGUGAGGAUUUUUGGGGGGCAUCAUCUAGAGGAGCUUUCCCAGUGUGCUUCACUGGGAACUCAGGUUCCUGGCUGCUGCUGUUGCAGCACUGUAGGCAGAUAUGGUACUGAGCCAGCUCACAGGCAACAUGGCCAUCGCAGCAGCUCCAGGAGGUGGUAGGAAGGAGCUGCCAGGGGCUUCCUCUGUCUUCAGCAUGCAAGCUGCAAAGGGCCCCAAAGGAGCUAACUCUCUAGCCAAGACAUCUCUCUGGUGUACUUGGACAGGUGGACACUAUCUCAAGACCUCACUUACCUAAGUGGGUUGUUGUGAAGCUUAAGCUGCUGCUCGGCGCUCAUUGGAAUAAGGACGAGAUGCGUAUUCAAUAAAUAGGGAAAUUGAAAGGGGCCUAUCAUAGCAAGUCCCUGCUCCCCUCUCCCUUUCAACCCCAUUUUGAAUAAAAAUUGUGCUGAAUGUCUAGGGCAGAGCUUUGCAAACGUUUCCUAGCACACUUUUUAGACAUCAUUUCGCGACACAGUAAUUCAGUUUUACUAGCAAACAGGAGGUUAAACUUCUUUUCAGCCCCGGGAGCAGUGCAGGGAGAGUUCACACAACACACCUGCACACUGCAGCUGACACACUAACGUGCUGUGACGCAUGGUUUGGACAACCCUGGUCUAGGGUAGUGUAGGCCUCCUUUCUUUUUACCUUGCUUGUUUAGCCCAUAUUGCUCAUGAACAUUUAGGCAACCACAUGGGAGCAUUAGAUCUACACAGGCGUACAUGUGGGAUUCUAGAGUCUGAGCUGUAUCUUCAGCAAGAUGUAUGAACUAGUAUACCAUCAUCAUCACACCUUGACACAUCUCCGGGAUCCCAUGCAACUGGUGUUUGAGGAAUAGACCCCUUUUUUGAAAACAGAAAACAGUGAUUUGAUAGCUUUCAGUGUUAUUUGCUUAAUUAAGAAGUAAGAAAGCCCAUAUUAUUUUAGUCAAAAGCAGGAAUGAAAACAUUCAUUUGUUCUCUAAAUAGCUAAAACAUAACUAUAGGCUUCAUACAAGUUUAACACCUACUUAAAAAUAAUAGCACAAUCCUAGCUAUGUUUACCCCAAAGGAAGUCACACAGAAUUUCAAUGGGACUUAUUCCCGUGUAUUUGGGUGUAGAAUUGCAAUCUAAACUUGCUUGAAUGUUUCUCUUGAACACAAGCUCUCCAGCUGAUUAAGGCAGCUUAGUGGCUUUAUGGUUCUUAGGUUUGGUUCUUAGGUCUUAGUAUGCCAGGCCCAGGAAGGAGGAAAGUGGCUUGCUAGGCAAAGUCUGGCGGAUUAGAUAAGAUGGGGAGGAAGCAUGGGUCUUAGGAGAGAAAAGUAUUACGUUCCCUCACCCCCUAAGAAAACAGUCCUUGGAAUAUAUUCCAUAAUACUUCAAAAUAUACAGUUUAUUGUUAUGUGCUAUUUAUGUGUUAAAGGUUACAUGAGUUUAGAUUCUUCAUUUCUUUUAGGCAGAGUAAUUCAUGACAUUCAAAAACUUGUAAAUGAGACUCCCAGGCAUUGGCUGGAUAUGGUUACUCUUUGGAGAAGUCUUCAUUGCCAGGAGGUGAAAGAAGAAAACAGGUGUGAAGAACCUCCAGACUCCCAGAAACGGAAGCUGGAAGAGGAGGGCAGCAUCCAAAAUAAAAAACAGAAGAGAGAAUUAAUAUCGGAGACAGUUUCUGGUGAAACUCAAAUAGAAAACCAACAGAGCUGUAACACCUCCGAGGUUCAUAACAGCAACGGCUUGUCUUCAGGCAGAUCGUUUUUGGAAAAGACUCCUGAACUUACUCAAGAGAAAUCUGGCGAGAGCAGCAGUUGCUUCAGCUUCAGAGUUUCCUGCCGCUGUAGUGGAGCCCUUGCAAAAAUAUUUACUGCUCAGGUUUGUGGGCAUUUCUUUGGCCACUGUGAGAACAGGAUGUGGGACUAGAUGGGCCACUGGUUGGAAUCCAGCAGAGCUAUUCUUAUGUUCUUAUCUACAAACAAGAUGCAUGCAGCUUCUUUUAACACAAUCCCAACAUACAGCAUCAGGCUGCUAAUGAAAUAGUUAAAUGUUCUUGAUUGUGUGCUGCCAGCCCAGAUUAUUAUGCAGGCGGCUGAGAGUUUAUUUCUUCGUUAUGCAUAAUCAGUAGUCAUUAAGUUUUCUGAAUGGCAGACGCAUAAGGAAAAAAUAGCACUGCUUGAGUGGGCUGUAUAGGAAUCAUUAGCAUUCUGCAUCCUAAAUAAUAUUUUUAAAAGCAAGCUGAGCUUUACAGACUUGUCUUCUGUACCAUCUUUUGGAAUUCCUGACCAGAUGUUUGGAAGCUGUGGCUGGAUGGUUACGCGGAAGCCGGUUGAAGUUAAAUCCUUCGAAGACAGAGGUCCUCUGGCUGGGACGGGACGAUAUGGGAUUGGGGGGGCAACUCCCAUCUCUUGCGGGGGUGCAAUUAGUGCCAGCACCGUCCGUUAAGAGUUUGGGUGUAAUCUUCGAUACCUCCCUCUCUAUGGAGGCGCAGAUUACAGCUAUAACAAAGGCGGCAUUUUUUCAUCUCCGCCAAGCUAAGCAGUUGGCCCCUUAUCUCUCUCGCCCUGACCUAGCCACUGUGAUCCAUGCGACGGUCACCUCCAGACUGGAUUAUUGUAACUCGCUCUACGUGGGGCUGCCCUUGAGACUGACCCAGAAACUCCAGCGGGUGCAGAAUGCCGCGGCGAGACUCCUUAUGGGGUCUUCGCUGCGAGAUCACAUUCAUCCGGUACUAUACCAGCUGCACUGGCUCCCGGUGGAGUACAGGAUCAGGUUUAAGGUGCUGGUUUUAACCUUUAAAGCCCUAUACGGCCUAGGACCCUCGUACCUACGGGACCGCCUCUCCUGGUAUGCCCCACAGAGGAACCUACGGUCUGCAAAUAAAAACAUCCUGAAGGUCCCAGGCCUCAGAGAGGUUAGGCUGGCCUCAACUAGAGCCAGGGCUUCUCGGCUGCGGCUCCAAUCUGGUGGAACGCUCUGUCACAAGAGACUAGGGCCCUGCGGGACCUGACAUCUUUCCGCAAGGCCUGCAAGACAGAGUUGUUCCACCAGGCCUUUGGUCAGGGCCCAGCCUGACUCCCUCCUCUGGCAACCUGCACAGAACUUUGCUUAACGGUUGCCAUUAAUUUGAUUUUAAUUAAUUUUUAUAAUGAAAUGUUUUAGAAUGUUGGAUUAUUUGAUUGUUUGAUUAUUUGUUUGUUGUUAGCCGCCCUGAGCCUGGCUUUGGCUGGGGAGGGCGGGAUAGAAAUAAAAUUUAUUAUUAUUAUUAUUAUUAUUAUUAAUUGGCAAAGGGGUGUGUGUGUGUGUGUGUGUGGAGUGCUGAAUUACGCUUGAUUAUCCAUACUCGAGAUAAAUUUCAAGACUGCUAUUCUGAAGGUUUGGUUAUCAAGCAAAAAUAACGUCUUGUCUUGUAAAGCAGAACGCUCUUAGUAGAUGUUGAUGAGAACGUGGAAGAAGCAAUUAAUUCCGUUCUUUGAACUCUUUUUCAAAAAUGUCUUCAGUUUGGAAGAAUAUUCCAUGAAAUAAUUGCUUCCUCCAAGUAAUUAUGGAUUGUGUCAUUUCAAGAUUUCAGUCCUUAACGUGGACUACGCUACAUAGAACUUAUCGGGAGUUGCUUCAAGGAAGGCAUGCAUAGGUUGAGACUGCAAGAUCUUUUGGCCCCAGCCACCAUGGUCAAGGGUGAUGGGAACUGUUUCUAACAUAACAAGAUAUGGAAGUCACCAGAUUAGCUUCCACUGAUCUCAGCCUAACCCGUCUUCUUUUCUUCCUGGCCAUUUUAAGUUUCAGGAGCAAUUUGUCAUGCCACAUGCUCAGGUCUCUCUCAUUGCUGAUUUGUCUUUUCAGGAGAUGGGGAGGAUAAUUGGAACAGCUCUUAUGAAGAAUUUUGGAUGGAAAGCAGAUUUGAGAAAUCCUGACAUAGAGGUAACAAAGUUAAUACAGUGGUACCUCGGGUUACAUACACUUCAGGUUACAUACGCUUCAGGUUACAGUCUCUGCUAACCCAGAAAUAGUGCUUCAGGUUAAGAACUUUGCUUCAGGAUGAGAACAGAAAUUGUGCUCCUGCAGCACAGCGGCAGUGGGAGGCCCCAUUAGCUAAAAUGGUGCUUCAAGUUAAGAACAGUUUCAGGUUAAGAACGGACCUCUGGAACGAAUUAAGUACUUUACCCAAGGUACCACUGUACAUUGAAAUGUGGGUAAUCUCUGUGGAUUCUUGGUCCUCAGAUAAAGGUCUUGAUCUGACUAAGUUGAACUUAUUUGUACACUGAAGUUCCUCUCAAAGUCCCUUUGAGAUUAGGCUUUGGGAAUCAAACCAAUGUGUCCUCCUAACCCAGUAUUCUGUCUCUAACAAUGGAAAGAUCCAGGUACCUUAAUAGGUUUUUAACACAGCAAGGUACUAAUAGAGCACAGUGAUCCUGCAAUAACCAGUCUCUGGAUGCUUAAUGUCUGAAGACCUUCAACCAGUUGGCAGUUAUGAGAUUCUCUGAUUUAUGAAUGGCAGCCCUGUGCAAAUUUUAUAUUUUAUAAAUUCACUUAAAAUAUACUAGAAUUAAUGCACAGAAUUUAAUGCAGCACCGCACUCUAAAGGAGGAAACUUUGCCACCUGGGUGAGAUUAACCCCUUUGAUUUCUUUUAAAAGCAGGGAUGUUACUAGACUAUCAUUGCCAUCAUCCCUAAUAAAAGUUUCUGAUCAGCAACAUCCAGAGUUGUUUUAAAAUUAGUCUUAUUCUGUAAUUCACCUAACAAUAAGCAAAGACGAAAGAGCAAAGAUAAUGAGUUUUAAAAUAACUUCAAAGCAGGAUAAAGAGCAUGCUAGCUGGAUAUCUAAAAGGGGAGUUACAUGCAUAAAGGUCUGCAAGGAGUAGUGAAAUCUCAUACGCAAGAAGUUGCACAAGGGAGUGGUGAUUUAAUCAGAGUUUUAAUACUAAGGAGCCAAGAAGGAGAAUUGAAAGAAAGCAAAGAAAGAGGAAGAGGGCAAAUCUUAUAUUAUAUGGAAUUAUAUGGAAUAUAAUAUAAGGAAUAUUAUAUGGAAUUAUAUUAUAUGGAAUUAUAUGGAUUAUAUGGAAGAGGGCAAAUCUGUGAAGAUGCUUUAAUCUCAGAAGUUUAAACAAAAUGCAACAAUAAAGGAAGCCUGUGAAGAGAAUAAAGAUUAAAGCAAAAAGAAAGAAAAAUGAACAAAAAAAAUUAAAAGAGAGAGAAGAGGCUUAAACCAGAAGAAACAGGAUAAGCAGACAUUUCAAUUAUCAACAAAGGAUAGAAUGAAAAACUGAAUAUGAACUGUAGUAGAAUCAAUAGAUAAAAGACAAAUUUUAGACUGUAAAACUGAUACCUUGAUAGUUCAUGCUUGUGGCAGUGCUUUUUUUAUUUUUACAUUUUUCAUAUAUAUUUUCCUUAUAGAAUUUACAGCCCAGCCCUACAGACUUCCUGUCAAAACCCUGUGCUAAACUCCCAUGGAUGGUGUAGUGCUGUCUUUGAAACAGCUAAUGCCACUCUCAGCCAGGCAGAAACAAAUGAGGAGUUCAGCACUGCAUUGGGUUCUUCUCCACAAUUCUUCCUCUGUUCUUCAGUCCUCAGCACCAGUAUAAAUAUAUGCACUGGCAGAGAUGCACCAUGGUGCAACCUCAGAUCUGCACAGCUGCAACUUCCAUGCAAAUCUGACUAUUCCAGGGAUUGCCUUUGCCCACAAGGUGUACCUAUUUGAUACAGAUAGUCCCCAGUAUAAUAACUUUUGUAUGAGAAUCAGAUUGCUUGCUAGUUUAAUUUUUUUUUUUAAUACCAUUGAAAAUAUCAUUGAGAUAGGACAUUUGAAUAUAUAUAUUCAAAUCGGCUAAAGCUGAAAAUGCAAGUAACUUUUCAUUGUAAUAUUCCAUUGCCUUUCAGAUCUUUGUGCAUCUAAAUGACAUUUACUCUGUGAUUGGGAUUCCUGUUUUCAGGUAAAUACUGCAUUAAAAACUACAGUUCAGAGUCCAAAAGGACACUUUUAAUUGAAGUAAAUUUCUGAGGGGUUACUGUGUUUCCCUGUUGUAUAUAAUACAACAAAGAGUCCCAUGGCACCUUAAAAACUUGACAUUUUAAUUGUGGCAUGAGGCUUUAUGAAUUACUGCCCCCUUAAAUCAGAUCUGUGGACUGUUAUUCUCAGUUGGCUGAUGGAGUAAAAUAAUAUACAUAUACACUGGUGCAGAGAGCGGAAAUUCUAAGCAGUAGGACCAAACUGCCAUGAAACGCAAGGAGUAACUGUGAGUUUGUUGCAUUUCUCUGCAGAGCCCUGAUUAGAUGUAUACAAGAUAAGAACAGGCUGGUAUAGCAGCAGUCACUGUGAUGGAACUGUUGUUCUUGCUGACAAUAAGAAGGGAGACAAUUACUUUAGUGGAAAAGAUCUUUCCAAUUUCAGUUCAAAAGACUUCUGAAUUAAAGUAUGGUGACUUGUGAGGUCAGCUCCAGAAUGUUCUGGGGUGUUUAAAUGUGACCAGUGACUGCUGUCUUUUGCAUUUCAUCAUGGACUUUUGGUCCCGCUGUUUGCAAAGUUAUUUUCCUUCCUCUGUACCCAUGUGUGUACAUCUGUUUAUCUAGACAAAUUUCCACUGGUUCUUCGGGGCUAUCUCCCCAUCUGUUCUAGUCCUAAGUACUAAACAACAAUAUAUCUCAUUGUCAUUUGUCUUUGUAUCUUAAACAAGAUUUGCCACCAGCUUAUUCACAAAUUUGAAGAUUUGGGGAUAAAAACUUCUUAUCUAUUUGGAAUAACAAUAGCGCAUAGUUUUAGAGUUUGGGUAUAUUAGAAUUCUGUGUGUGAGAGAGAGAUACAUUUUAAUAUGGUGUUUUGUUUGCAGACUUCCAUUGGCAAGCAGAUCAUAUAUCAAAACAGCUGGGUUGCGCUCUACCGUUGCUUGGGCUAUGGCAUCCCUUGCUGAAAUCAAGGUAAUCAGCCAAGUAGAGUUUUAGUUGCUCUGUGGUUACCAAGCAAUUCUCAGUAACCAGAAUCUUGCCACUGGAAGUAUUUUAAAUGCAAACGAGAGCUUGUGUAGAAUCGUGGAAUGGCUAAGGUGGCAGUCAGCGUCCUGUUUACUUGGGAGUAAGCCCCAAUGAACUCAAGCAGACUUAAUUUCUGACUGAACACACAAAAAAUGGUGCUGUGUUUGGAGCUGUUUCUGCUUGGCUCCAGCCCCCAAGUGCAUCAUGGGAAUCAUAAUGAAUACUCUAAACCAGCAGCGGGGAACCCAUGAGCCUCCAGAUGUUUCUGGGCUCCCAACACCACAUUCCUUCUCCAUUGGCCAUGCUGGCUGGGCUGAUGGGAGUUGGGAAUCCCUCAACUGCUGGAGGGCCGCCAGUUCGCCAGCCCUGCCCUACACCAUUGUUCUAAGGAUUGCUGAAAAGGAACUAUUAAUGAACGUAUGGAAAAUAAUUCAUCAGUGCCCCACCGGCAACGAGAUAUAAGUAUUAUUGGGUCAGAUACUUUUAAGCAUGUUUGUAGAUUGGGCUACAUGAGUUUACAGCAUGCCUUUCAGCUGCAAUAGCUCCAUUUUUACUAAUUUCACACAGUGCCCCAACUAUGCAGAAUGCUUUGCCAUUCCCUUGCUAUUGAUGCUAGCAAUAUAUGAGAAAUGUAGAUCAAUUUCACAGACAGGGGCAUUGGGUUCAGAUAUAGUCAGUUGCCCAAGGUGAACCACUGAUCCUGCAACUAAGGCAGGACUUCAAUCCAUGCUUCCUACAUCUUUGUUGUGUACAACAGCAUCGUCUGUAUUCCAUGUCUGUUCUCGUGGUUUAUUCCAAAUGACCACAGCAUUGACCAGAGGAGCCUAACCAUGUAAAGCUCAGUCUUUUGUGUCUUGCUUCCUUUAAUUUGGUAGAUAAGAUCUUUGUACCAGAAGACAGAUUUCCUAAUGUCUUGACAGAUGGAAUAGUGUUGUGUUUGCUUUUCUUUCUUUUUUUCUCCACAGCCUGGUGCAUUUGUACUGGAUCCUACAUGUGGGCUAGGAACAAUACUCCUAGAAGCAGCGACCGAAUGGCCUGUAAGCUCCGUCAUAACAACAAGUGUGAUGUCUGGCCACAGAUGGCAUCUUGUGGCCAAAUCUGUAAAUAAUGAACCUCUAAUAUGCAGCAGCGGGGCUGAAAAUUAGGUUCCAGAAUUUCUUUCUAGAAAAUUUGUUGACUUUUAGCUUAAGCGUUCAUGCUAAUACAAACUGCUGAUUCCUUCUAGCUUGUGAUUCUGCAGUUGGUGGUGUUAGUAUGCCUAAUUCUCAGUGAUUAUUUUGAUAAUUUAUGGGGAUUAAAAAAAAAAAACUAAUGUAAAUGUUUGUUUUUUUCUCUUCAGAAUGUGCAUUAUUUAGGGACUGACAUAAGUGAUUCACAAUUAGAAGGAGCCUACACUAAUAUUAAAGCUGCAGGCCUGGUGGAUAAAAUCGGGUUACUGAAAGCUUCUGUGACAGGUAAGAGCUGGCAAGGGUAUCUGCAGUACUAUACAAAUCAAUUUAUUGCUUUAUAUUUCCUUUAUUGUAAUUGAAACGAUGAUUUGUGACUGCAUCAAAUACUUUGUGAUGCCUUGUAGUCAGUUGUUAGUCCCUAAUUAGAGUUGUUAUUAUAUACAAAGGAGAAUAAUGGCUGAGCAUUUCACAUGCUUAAAUGUCUAAAUAUCUCGUAGCAUUGCCAUUUCAGUCGGAAAGCAUUGAUGUUGUUCUUGCGGACAUCCCCUUUGGAAAGAAGUUCAAAAUAACAAAAGACAUGACCUUACUGCCGGACGUUUUUCAAGAAAUCGAAAGGUAUGUGCGUUCUGCUAUCUAAGGCACAAGAACUGCUACUGCAGAUUGGGAUCUGCUAAUGGUAUUGCAUGCUAAACAAAGGAAAGUCACAUUUCAACGUGGCCAUGUUACCUACUAGAUGAAGUUGAGAAUGUAAAACAGGGAGAUAAAAAUCAUGUUGCCAGUAGUCCUCAGUUGCUUUUAAAAGGCCAUGAGUGAUUUUAGAACAUCUCUAAGAUUUGUCAUGACUGCCGUAUAGUUAGCCUCUGUACACUGAAAAGUCUUCUGCUGAAUUAAUAAAUAUUGUAGCUGCACAAGGAUAUUAAUAACUAUCCUCUGGUUGUUCCCUUUCAGGGUGCUUUGUGGUGGAGGGAUUGUUGUGCUGCUACUUAGUCAAGAGCUCUACAAGCGCCUCUCUGGUGACAUUGCCAGCAGUCUAGGUACUAAGAACUGCAUCCCUGCAAGUCCUUGCAAACAAAGUACCGUGAUGUUAGUCAGCAACACCAAAGGAAACAGCAUUGGCCCCACGACUGUUCCCCUAUCAACUCAAGAGGCAGAGAGAGAAGACACCAGCGAUAAAAGGAUGACUUUUGGCUCACUGGUGCUGGUGGAAUCCUUGGAAGUUAGCCUUGGCAAAACAGGUGCAUUCAUAUGCAAGUAUAAGAAGGUAACAGGAGGUUUUGCAAGAAGUUAG